AUGCUCUCAACUGGUACCGGCGAAACCAACGUUCCGACACCGUCACUGGUGCUUGUUCCCCCGGACAGGCCACCGGAGUCAACUCGUGCCUCAGGGGACCCCCUUCCCUGUACGCAACAAACAAUGGUCGCUCUCGGCACUAGCGCCGCGGACAUGAUUCUGGAUGUGAUCGCGGAUCCAAAGCAACAAUCGACACAAAUCUCAACUGAGAAUGGUGAGCAGAUCGUGACAGACAUGGAAAAGACGAUGGACCUUGCCAAGGCAGGGAAACCACAACAACCUUUCUCCUAUGCCAGCGCGGUGACAGGGUGGAAACAACCCACUUCCUCUCCAAGCCCGGCGAACAACUGGUCCCCUGUUGGGGAACACGAUCUCAUCCCGGGAGAACGGAACGGGGAACCUGCGCUGAGAGUUUCGACGGACUUCAAGAAUAGAUUAUGCGCCCCAUGGCAACGAACUCUGGUGGUCAGGCUCUUGGGUACUCGGAUUGGCUUCUCCACGAUUUGCGCCCGGCUAAAAGGAAUGUGGAAGCCGGUAGGGACGAUGGAGGUUAUGGAUCUUGACCACGAUUGUUUCUUGGUGAAAUUAAGCGAUGAUCAGGACUACUUCAGAGCCCUUACAGACGGCCCCUGGGUGAUCUUCGACCACUAUUUGGUCGUUCAUCAAUGGACGCCUAAAUUCAAAGUUUCCGAUCCGCUCCCCAAAACCAUGAUUGUAUGGGUCCAGCUUCCAGCACUGAAGGUUCAUUUCUAUCAUAAGGAAGUUCUGACCACGCUGGGGAAUUUGAUUGGAAGAACAGUUAAGUUGGACUUCCACACUCUCAACCGACAACGCGCCAAGUUUGCUCGCAUAGCGGUUGAAGUGGAUCUCUCUAAGCACCUAAUUCCCCGAAUCUGGCUCGAUGACGAGUGGCAGAAGGUGGAGUAUGAAAAUCUGCCUGCGGUGUGCUUCGAAUGCGGGAAGAUCGGCCACUCAUCAGAGACCUGUCCCACGGUCUCCUUGGCCUCGCCUCCACCUGCUUUGCUGCUGACCGGCGGCGAAAACACGACGGCGCAGCCGACGACGAGUUCAGAACCGAACGCGGGAUUCGGGCCAUGGAUGAUGGUCACGCGAAAGAGCCGGCGGAAUCCAAGGGAUUUCCAAAAAAAAGGAAAGCCCGAGAGUGAUUUGGGAAACCCGUCAGGAACCGUUAUUAGAAAGUGGCUAACGGGAGGAACGCGGGAGAAGAGGCAAGGAAAGGGAAAGGAAAGGCGAGUUUUGAGGAAGCGGCUGGCGGCAAAGGAAUCCUGGGGGAAAGACCUGGGCGUGAUGUCUUGA